AUGAAUUUUGGUGGAACAUUGAGGUUAAAUAAAUUUGCAUGUUUUACAUUGGUGUUUGUAUUAUUUGUUAUAAUAUAUUGGCGAUCCGGAGGAUCUGCUUACCCGUCGGAUCAGAGUGAUCUGAUUAACUUGAGGACGUUGUUAAUGGGGGCUAUACGAGCUGCUGAGCGAGGGGGUGUUCAGGUACAAGCUGGUGCGCACCAGGACUUAAAUAUACAGAGUAAGGGGAAGACGAAAGAAGGCGCAAAUGAUGUUGUGACGGACGCAGAUUAUGCCUCGCAUUGCGCUAUGUACUACAGUCUUCUGAAGACUUUUCCUAAGGUGACUGUAGUAUCUGAGGAGCACAGUAAAGAUGACCAUAAGUGUAUGGAACAAGAACCUCUGGAUGUUGAAACUGUAGCUCCUGAAAACGACUUGAUACGAUUUUUGAAUGAUGAAAUGGUUUUGACGAGAGAUGUGACUAUUUGGAUCGAUCCUUUGGACGCUACACAGGAAUAUACAGAGGGCCUCUACAAGUAUGUAACAACAAUGGCCUGUGUAGCUGUACGGGGUGUGCCUAUCAUAGGUGUUAUACAUUACCCAUUUGCCAAAAAAACUGUGUGGGGAUGGGUCACAAAGACCAGUAGCAACAAUCUUGUUAUGAAUAAACAUUUUCCAGACCACAUACAUCAUCCCAGAGUCGUGGUGUCUAGAUCGCAUCCAGGCAACGUGGAGCAAGUAGCCAAAAACGCCUUUGGCCCAAACACAACUGUAACAUCUGCUGCCGGUGCUGGAUAUAAAGUUACAGAAGUGGUAAAUGGAACUUACGACGUUUAUUUACACGUAACAGCAAUAAAAAAAUGGGACAUAUGUGCAGGAGACGCGAUAGCAAAAACAAAACUAGGCAAAAUGACGAAUUCAAAAGGAGAGUUAAUUAAUUAUGCAGCAGACAGUCCUGUAAAGGUCACAGAUGGACUCUUGGUAACAUUAAACGAUCACGAUUACUACUUGAGUAAGAUGCCUACGGUUAUGGCUGGGUUGCAUUAGUUGUUGGUUAAAUUUUACAAUUGACAGGUAAAAAACGAUGCAAAGGUUUCUUGAGGCAUCUUUUUGAACUACUUUUGUUCUAACCAGAUUUGUUUUUUAAACGCGUCGACGUUUACUAGGCGAGAGUUUUUGUUAAUUGAGACAGUAUGCGGAAAUCUGAAACCAUCAACGACACAAGGAAACUGUCUUAGGUACCAUUAAGUCUUUUUUUUUGGAAACCAUUUUGACAUAGUCAAUUUUUGGUCAUG